CAUGAAUGGGCAGCGGUGAGUCAGAUGGCUUCGUUGGUUUUGUGAAAAGAACCCGGCUUGAAAAUAGAGACAUUUUAUUUUGUUGGAUUAAAUGUUCUAUCUGCGAAAAAGGAAAACUAAGAUUCAAGAGGAUCGAUAAACUCCUGAUAUUCAUCUGACUAAAUGAAUUCUCUGAAAGCUCUCGUUUCACUGACCGCCUUACUUCUUGGCGUCUCCAGUCGAGGAAACCACGUCGAAGCAAUUAACAUGAGAAACACAAAUGAAAGUGUUUUUGUGAUUAAAUUGGAUAUGGACAUUUCUCAUCCAACCAGAAGAGUGGAUGAGCGUUUUCUUUCUGUGACAAUAGAUGCGAGUUUAGUCGCGGAGGAGAAGUUCAUGUAUCUGUUGGGGUCACCAAAACUAAGGACUUUAACAAAAGCUUUGACACCCGCUUUUUUGCGAUUUGGAGGCACCAGACAAGAUUUUAUGAUAUUCCACCGACAAAAUGCGUUCCAAUCGAAGGAGUACAUGACGAACUCUCUGUUCUAUCUUGGUGAUAUCUGUGAGAGACUUGAGCUGCCCCCAUUAUUGGAGAAUCAGUUAAAGAAAGAAUGGGCAGUCCAGACAUUUCUACUACAAAAGGAAGAGUUGCAAAGAAAAUAUCGACGAGUAAAAUUUUCUGACCAUGCUGUCGACUUGCUCUAUUCUUUCGCGAACUGUUCCGGUCUGGACCUCAUAUUUGGCUUGAACGCACUGCUCAGGACCAGUGGAAAUUCUUGGGACAGUCAUAAUGCUGAGAAGCUAAUGGACUAUUGUGAAUCCAAAGAGUACUUCAUGUCCUGGGAGCUGGGGAAUGAGCCUAACAGCUAUGAGAAGAAGGCUGGGAUUAGAGUGGACGGGACUCAGCUGGGUCAGGAUUUUCUUCAUCUUCGAAAAAUUCUUCAGCAGUCAAAACUCUACAACUCAUCAGGACUUUAUGGACCGGACAUUGGUCAGCCAAGAGAUCACCGCAGAGAUUUGUUAACGGGGUUUCUUGAGACUGGAGCUGAAGCAAUUGACGCAUGUACCUGGCAUCAUUAUUAUGUCAAUGGUAGAGAAACAUCUUUGGAAGAUUUUCUGGAUCCAGCAGUACUUGACACACUGGCCUCAAAAACAAAAGAGGUCUUCGAGACCAUUAACACGGUUUCCCCCGGGAAGAAAGUUUGGCUUGGAGAAACAAGUUCAGCAUAUGGUGGUGGAGCGUUGGGGCUCUCUGACUCUUUUGUUGCUGGUUUCAUGUGGCUGGAUAAAUUGGGACUUGCUGCAAAGCUUGGUCUGGAUGUGAUUAUGCGACAGGUUUUAAUUGGCGCCGGUACAUAUCACCUGGUGGAUGAUAAUUUGGAUCCUCUUCCGGACUACUGGCUGUCAUUACUCUAUAAGAGGCUUGUUGGACCUGAGGUGCUUAAAGUGGAAGCUCUUUCAAAUUCAAAACAGCCAAAACGACUACGGGUAUAUCUCCACUGCACUAACAAAAAAAGUACACGCUUUAGAAAAGGAGCCAUCACCCUGUUUGCAUUAAACCUGAGCAAGAACCCGGCACUGAUCAUCCUGCCUUCCCACAUCUCCAACAGCACUGUUGAGGCUUUUGUUCUUGAAUCAGCUGAGUCUGGAGAGGAAGGACUCUACUCCAAGUCUGUCAAGCUGAACGGAGAGGUGCUGAAGAUGGUGGAUGACAGAACUCUGCCUCCACUGAAGGGCUCUGAGCUGUCGCCCGGGGAACAGCUCAAGGUUCCUGGUUUAUCGUUUGCCUUCUACGUGCUGAAGGACGCUCAGGCAGCGGCGUGCUGAUGGCCUUAGAGAACAGGCCUGACAUACCUUGUUUUUUCAGGGAAAAUGAAUUCAGUUUAAACAUUUGAAGCAGGAUGUUGCACUGUGAA